GCGGGGAGGGGAAGCGGGGUAGCCGCUGGUCCCCGCAUCUCAUAGACUCUGACGCUUGUUUUCCCGCAGGUUCUGCCCGCGCUCUCCGCGCCUCGUCGCAAUGCCUCGCAAAAUUGAGGAAAUCAAGGACUUUCUGCUCACAGCCAGGCGAAAGGACGCCAAAUCGGUCAAGAUCAAGAAAAAUAAGGAUAAUGUGAAGUUUAAAGUUCGAUGUAGCAGGUACCUUUACACCUUGGUCAUCACUGACAAAGAGAAGGCAGAGAAGCUGAAGCAGUCGCUGCCCCCAGGUUUGGCAGUGAAGGAGCUGAAAUGAAUCACGCACACUGAUUUGAACUGUAUUAAAAUUUUUAAAAUUCUCAAAAUG